AUGGGCAUAGAAGAGCAGAAGGAGGAGCGGGAAGUCCUCGAGUCGAUUUUCCCAGACGAGAUCACAGACCUCUCGGACUCGUCGUACCGGAUAGCCAUAACGCUGGACCUGCCCAGCGAGGGGCAUGGCGAUGAAGAGCCCGAACCGCCCGUCCUCCUGCUCAACGUGGCCUACCCCGAAACAUACCCGGACGUCGGACCGCACCUGGACAUCACGACGCCGCCCAACGCGCCCAAACACCCGCAGCUGGACGUGGCCGAGGACAAGGCGCGGCUGCUCGACGCGCUGCAGCCGACGAUCGAGGACUCGCUGGGCAUGGCGAUGGUGUUCACGCUGGUGACGACCCUCAAGGAAGCCGCCGAGGUGCUAGUCUCGGACCGCAUCCGGCAGGCCGAGGAGGUUAAGGAGAUCGCGGCUCGCCAGAAGGAGGAGGUCGAGAACCGCAGAUUCCACGGCGCCCUGGUCACCCGCGAGCGCUUCCUCGAGUGGCGCGACAAAUUCCGCAGGGAGAUGGAGGAGAGGGAGCGCAGGGCCCGGGAGGAGGAGGAAACCGAGGAUCGCAGGAAGAAGGGCGGCAAGCUCGAGGAGAAGAGGCUCACCGGGAAGCAGCUGUGGGAGAGGGGUCUGGCCGGGAAGGGUGACGAAGAGAACACUGAUGGAGACGACGCUGUCUCCGCGGUGGAAAAGCUCAAGGUUGACGGCUGA